AUGGCGAUCGCUCGGACCGGCGUGUACGUCGACGACUACCUCGAGUACUCGAGCACCCUGGCCGGCGACCUGCAGAGGAUUCUCUCCACCAUGCGCGAGCUCGAUGACAGGGCACAUGGCAUUAUGGGUCAGACCAAAGAACAGAUAAAGUAUAUUCUGGGAGUAUCAUCCCAUGGGUAUGACAGGUCAAACAUGGAUGAUGAUGAGUCAGAGAGGAUGAAGAAGGACAUUGAAGCUAGCCAGGACAAUGCUCUGAAUCUUUGCACCGAGAAAGUCUUACUGGCGCGCCAAGCUUAUGACCUGAUAGAGAGCCAUAUAAAACGCCUUGAUGAAGACUUGGGCCAGUUUGCAGAAGAUUUAAAGCAUGAAGGGAAGAUACCUUCAGAUGAACCUACAGUCCUUCCUCUAGUUCAGGUGGUUAGCAGGGAUGAGAAAAGGAGGUUUGGUUUUAGUACGCCUCAAGCAUCAAAGAAAUUUAGAGAGAGGGAAUGGGACAGGGAAAGGGGUAUGGACUUUGACUUAAUGCCCCCUCCAGGUAGCAGCAAGAAAGCAGGUACAUCUAUGGAUGUGGAUCAAACAAUUGACCCAAAUGAACCGACAUACUGUAUAUGCCACCAGAUUUCAUAUGGUGACAUGAUUGCUUGUGACAAUGAGAAUCUUGACUGA